AUGCCAAUUAUUGGAUCAGGUGGGGUUUUACCUGGAGUUAGUUAUUUAUUAGGAUGGGGAUUUAUAGCAGCAUUCAGCGGGGCUUUCUUAAUUUGGAGAACUGUAUAUAAUGUAUUAUUUUGUUCAAAAAAAAUAAAAACGAUGAGAGAAAUAAUACAUGGUACGAUGGCAUGUUUUAUGAUUCUGACGUCUGCAUCUUUUUUUAUUACAUCAAGAAUUUUACAUGAUGAUAAUCCUUCUUUUGAUUUAAUAAAGGGUUUAGUUGUUAUUUUUAUUAUUUUAAAUUUUUUUAUUCCACUUUUAAUUUUUUCAAUUUUAUCUUUAUUUUUAAAUUACUGGAUUGGUAUCAGUACAGAUAUUAGGAUGAAUGGAAAAAUUUUUAAUAAUAAAACAUUGGUAUUGUAUAUAGUUUUAACAAGUCCAUUGGGUAUCAUUGCGUUGCUAAAUAUUAUUGCAUUAAAUAGGUUAUUCGAUUUCAAAGUUACAGAAUCUAUAUAUUUAUUAGCUUUUUACGCACCAAAUGCACUGUCACUUUUGUUAUCAAUCAUUUUAACAACUUCAAUUUUGGUUUUAUUAAACAAUACAAGAAAAGUGGAGUCAACUAAUAAAUCAAACACAAUUUUUUUAUUAUUAAAGUAUUUAUUUGUAUCAAUAGUUAUAAUGUUAUUUAGUUUAUUAAAUAUAGCCGAUAAAACAAGAUAUCAUUUUGUAUUACCAUAUGAAUUUCAUCUUGUAUUUUUAGUUAUUAUAUGUGAUUUAAUUGCAUUUUUAAUUAAUAACGAUUUGGAAUUUUUAGACCCUGUUAUUGAUUAUAUAGAUAAACAUAUUUAUCAUAUAAAAAGAGAUAAUGACGAUAAUCAAGUAUCAUUAGGAAGUAUCAGAUCAUCCCAAAGAUCCAAGAAGCGUGGUGACAGCAUAAAUUCAAAAUUAGAUCUUGAAAAUGGGGCAAAUGACCCAAAUAAAGAAUUAAAUAAUAAUGAAAUUAACAGUUUAAGUAUUAGCAAUAAUAACUUAAACAACAGUGUAAAUAAAAAUACAAUUAGUAAUAACAAUAGUAAUAGUAGCAAUAACCAUGACAAUAUAACAACAGAAGAAUAA